AAAAAAUCGCCCUGCUCUCCUCUCUCUCUCUCCCCCUCCCACAAAUUUCGCCUUCGCGAAUCGAAUCCGCUCCACCGCGCAGCGCAGAUCCGUCCAUGGCGGCCCCCUCCCCACGCACCUCCUGGGCCGACGUCGCCGACGCCGACCCGCCCGCCCCCGCCCCCGCUCCCGCCCCCGCUCCGGCCCCCGCGUCGUCCAACGGCCCCGCGCGGAGCUCGUACGUGCCCCCUCACCUCCGGAACCGGGGGGCUUCGUCGGGGGGUGGUGGUGGUGGCGCGGCGCCCCCGCCGCCGUCCUCCUCCGCGCCCGGGCUCCUCGGCCGCCCCGGUGGCGGUGGUAUGGGGAGGAUGGGCGGCGGCGGCGGCGGCGGCGGUGGUGGUGUUGGUUUCGGUGCGCCGCGGAGGUGGGACCGGGAGCCGAACCCGUUCGGGAACGAGGACGCGGCGGCGGGGGACGAGACCGAGGUGUUCGACGCGCACCAGAACACCGGGAUUAACUUCGACGCGUACGAGGACAUCCCCGUCGAGACCAGCGGCCAGAACGUGCCGCCGCCGGUGGGUACGUUCGCGGAGAUCGACCUUGGACAGGCGCUCAACGACAACAUCCGGCGGUGCAAGUAUGUGCGCCCCACCCCCGUGCAGCGGUACGCCAUCCCGAUCUCGCUUGCGGGCAGGGACCUCAUGGCCUGCGCGCAGACCGGGUCCGGGAAGACGGCCGCCUUCUGCUUCCCCAUCAUCAGCGGCAUCAUGCGCGGCCCGCCCGCCCAGAGGCCUCAGCGCGGUGGGAUGAGGACCGCCUGCCCUCUCGCGCUCAUCCUCUCCCCGACCAGGGAGCUCUCCAUGCAGAUUCACGACGAGGCGAAAAAAUUUUCUUAUCAGACUGGUGUCAGGGUGGUUGUCGCAUAUGGAGGAGCACCUAUUACUCAGCAGUUGAGAGAUCUUGAGAGGGGUGUUGACAUUCUUGUCGCUACUCCUGGUCGAUUGGUUGAUUUAUUGGAAAGGGCAAGAGUAUCUUUGCAAUCUAUCAGAUAUCUUGCCCUUGAUGAGGCUGAUAGAAUGCUUGACAUGGGUUUUGAACCACAAGUUAGGAGAAUUGUUGAGCAAAUGGACAUGCCUCCGCCAGGUGUCAGGCAGACAAUGUUGUUUAGCGCCACAUUCCCAAAAGAAAUCCAGAGAAUGGCAUCUGACUUCCUGGAGAACUACAUAUUCCUGGCUGUUGGAAGAGUUGGUUCAAGUACAGAUCUGAUCGUACAAAGAGUUGAGUUUGUACAGGAAGCAGACAAAAGAAGCCACUUGAUGGAUCUGCUUCAUGCACAAAGAGACACUGCUACUCCAGGAAAGCCAACACUUACACUUGUCUUCGUGGAAACCAAAAGGGGUGCUGAUUCAUUGGAGCACUGGUUGUGUAUGAAUGGAUUUCCAGCUACUUCUAUUCAUGGUGAUAGAAACCAGCAGGAAAGAGAGUAUGCUUUGAGAUCCUUCAAGAGUGGACAAACUCCUAUUCUAGUUGCAACUGAUGUGGCAGCCCGGGGCCUCGACAUUCCUCAUGUUGCUCAUGUUGUAAACUUUGAUCUUCCCAAUGAUAUUGAUGACUACGUACACAGGAUUGGGAGGACAGGGAGGGCAGGAAAAAGUGGUCUUGCAACUGCCUUUUUCAAUGAGAAUAACUCUUCCAUGGCGAGGUCUUUGGCUGAGCUAAUGCAAGAAUCUAAUCAGGAGGUACCUGCAUGGUUGUCUCGCUAUGCAGCUCGUCCAUCUUAUGGUGGUGGUGGGAGGAACAGAAGGGGUGGUGGUGGGAGUCGCUUUGGUGGCCGUGACUUCCGCAGGGAUUCUUCCUCAGGAAGAGGUGGUGACUACUAUGGUGGAGGCGGCAGCGGUGGAGCUGGUGGUUAUGGGGGUUCCUCUGCAUAUGGGGGUGGUGGCUAUGGUGGUGGUGCUGGCGCUGGGGCUCCAAGUGCCUGGGAUUAAUUUACAGUUGCUCCCUAGUAGGGUCUGUCAGGUCUAGGUUGUGUUUUACUCUUUUUCUCAUUAGUAUACAUUUUUGGUAGGAGCUGAUAUACAGCGACAACACAAGGUGAACUGUCAUCCCCUUUUUUCUUAUUGUUACCAGUGAUAGUUUGUCUCACAGAUCUCCAUUAUGGAGAGCAUCUUGAGUACUUCCAAGCACACACAAGAUUCCUAGUUAGGAAUAGUUUUUCCGGGGACUGAAAUUCCUAGUUAGGGAUAGACUCACACUUGAUGCUUGAUGCCAAGUUUCCCUUGGUCACGUCUCAUUUUGUUGGUCAGUUGUAGAGCUAGUGUUGAGGGAGGCUUUUGCGGCUUGAAUUUUGACCGAAAUUUUAUUUUGAUACCUAUUCACCUUUAGAUUCUGUUGUAAUGUAUAUACUGAGAGGUAUUGUGAGGUGGGAAAGAAUAAGUUGUCUUAUCUUUUAAGAGGAAGAAGGGGAAUACUGAUGAUUUGUUUCUUGAGAAGAGGAGAUACAUGCGAUCUGAGUAUCAUUGUUAUUAUCCUAACGCAUGCCCCAUUUUUCAAUGUAUGCUCUCAUGUUGAUCAU